GGAGGACCUCCAGCUUCUCCACGGUCCCGGCAUGCUUCAUCGUUCCAUUAUGGCUGCGCUCAUAGAGAGCGAGUCAAGUCGGCAGAGACCGCAGUUCGGGAAUCGGUACCUGACCGAUCCUGGCCGGGUUUUUCAGCAUAAUGCCUGGGAUAAUGUGGAAUGGUCUCAAGAACAAGAGGCUGCAGCCAGAAAAAAAGUUGAAGAAAAUUGUACCCAGCUUGUAUCUUCAGAGAAACAAGUGGAAUACGAGCUCAAGGCCAACAGCUAUUGGAAUGACUUCUACAAAAUCCACGAGAAUAGAUUUUUCAAAGAUCGUCACUGGCUUUUCACAGAGUUUCCUGAAUUGGUUCCCAAUUGUAAGUCCUUUCUAUUGGAUAAAUCCAAGCCUACUGCAGCAACAUCUGACCAAACCAACGCUGACCCCCACACCUGCCUUGACCAGACUUUUGAAAAUGGCUCCCACCUGCCCCAGAUGUGUGCAGAAGAGGCAGCUGUUUGUAUGCAAGAGCAGAAUAAUUUGAAAGUUGAUACUGACAGUGUGCAGGAUGGUCGGAGAACAGAUAGACUUGCGGACUUGUCUUCGGUGGGUACUUCCCAGAUGCGCACAAAGCCAAGUGAGACAGAACUAUUGGAUACAGACUACUCAGGAGCGUCGGCACCAUUCCGUAUACUUGAGGUCGGUUGUGGAGUCGGAAAUACCGUGUUCCCUAUUCUACAGACUAACAAUGACCCAGGGCUGUUUGUGUACUGCUGCGAUUUUUCCUCUGCUGCAGUGGAACUCAUUAAGCUGAACUCUGGUUAUGAUCAGUCUCGCUGCCUUGCUUUUGUCCACGAUUUGUGUGAUACACAGGCCAACUAUCCAAUGCCAAACGAAAGCCUGGACAUCAUCAUCCUCAUAUUUGUCCUCUCAGCGAUACAUCCAGAUAAAAUGCAGGCUGUAGUUAAGAGGUUGAGUCAACUUCUGAAACCAGGAGGGAUGAUUCUCUUCAGGGACUAUGGGCGUUAUGACAUGGCACAACUUCGAUUUAAGAAAGGUCGCUGUCUAUCUAAAAAUUUCUACGUUCGAGGAGAUGGGACUAGAGUUUAUUUCUUCACACCAGGUGAACUGGAUGAGCUCUUCACAUCUGCCAGCCUGGACAAAGUCCAGAACCUAGUGGAUCGGCGUCUGCAGGUUAACCGUGGGAAGCAGCUGACUAUGUAUCGGGUCUGGAUCCAGUGCAAGUAUCGCAAACCUCUCCAGCAAGGAGAAUGAAGAUUCCCAACCCCAUGUAUCAGUUGCCUUUGAGCUGCAUUGAAUUGAUUUGACUGUCUGAGAUCCUGAUUCAAUCUGCUGUCACUUGUUUAGCCCUGAUGACUUGACUUAAACCCUCUUGCUCCAAAAUCAGAACCGUUAUAAAAUUCUGGAUGACUGCACAUUGACUCCUGUCUGUUUAUAUACAGCACUCUGUAUGUUACAGUCACCAUAUUCAUACUUGCUGCUUGUUCUUGGAGGUGAAAUCACUGGUCAGUGUGAUAAUCUGUUGAACCUUUCUGUAGACUGUACAAACCUGAAUGCCCAUUCCCUUCAGCUCCCCUGUCAGUCAUCACAACUCGCUGUUCACACCAUUUUCUUCCAUUCUCCAAAAUUUCUGUAGUCUGUGUUAACAUAGCAGGAAUAGGUCAUUCAGCCCUUUGAGCCUGAUCCACUAUUCAGUCAGAUCAUGGCUGAUCUGUACCUCAACUCGAGUUACUCACCUUCACUCAUAUUCUUUGAUACCCUUACCUAACAGAAGUCGCUCGGUCUGAGUCUGGAAAGCUCCAAUUAUCUCAGCAUCCAUUUUGGGGGUGGGGAGAGUUUUCCAGAUUUCUGCUACCUUUUGUCUGAAAAAAAAAUUCUUGAUUUCGCUCCGAAAUAGCUGAGCUCUAAUUUUAACACGAUGUCCACUUGUUCUUGAUCUCGCCCACCAGAAAAUAUAGUUUCAAAUCCUUUGAACCUUUUAUAUAACUUGAUCAGAUUGUUCCGCAGUCAUUUUCUGGCACUGUAUGAACCAUUCUGUGCAUGCUGGUUUGGUUUCCUUUCCUCAUUGGACCCCUGGGUGUCCAUGUAAACUAUGGUGAUCUCAAAAUUAGAUGAAGAUAUUCACAACAUGAGUUUGCUAUUACUUUAUUUACUUUGAAAAGGAUUUGAGCUGGCUGAUCUCUGUAGAGAUCCCCAUCUCAGCAGCAAGGCUUCCGGGUGCAUCAAGGGCCAUCUCCUGUAAUGAGGGCCCAUUAGAGAGAGGGCAACCUCCUUGCAUGCUUCCUGCACAUCGAUUUCGGGGAAGGCCCAGGAACAGAUCAAUUGUUCACCAUUCACAGACGCAGCAAAAAGCAUCUUAAACAAAGGAGUCUCACUCUCUGCCAUGGAUGCCUCAAAUUGCUAGGGUGGCGGAGGAAGGGUUAAUUCUUAUUGGAAAAGUUCGAUACACAAUGCAGCAAAUUUAGACUCUGACCAUCGGUAGGCACCACACAAAGGUUGAGUGCAUGCCAAGAGAGUCUCUCAAUGCUGCUGUGUUUCAAGUAGCCAUGUCUGGGUCUGUACAUAUUAUCGUAGUCUAACGAAGCACAUCAAGCUGUUCAUACUGUUUGACCCACUGUAGAUAUGGGAACAAAAAUUUCGAUUUUUAACAGUAUUGUCAUUGUUUUUACUGGAUGGUCUUAUGGCAAGAACAGUAUAUUUAAUAAAUUGUAUUUUUUU